AUGGCUUCAAAGCCAGGAAUCCUCACUGACUGGCCCUGGAAACCUCUCGGUACCUACAAGUACAUGAUUGUGGCUCCAUGGGUGGUGCACAGCACGUAUUUGUUGAUAUUCAAGGAAGGGAAUGAGAGAAGCCUUGCUUACUUCCUCAUGCUCCCAUUCAUCCUGACGAGGUUGCUUCAUGGCCACCUCUGGAUCUUGCUUUCGCGUUAUCGAAACGCCAGAGGAAACAAUAGGAUCGUCGACAGGGCAAUCGAGUUCGAUCAAAUCGACAGAGAAAGCAGCUGGGAUGACCAGAUACUGUUUACUGCGUUGCUGUAUUAUGUGGCUAUGGGUUGGUUUGAUAUAGGUUGGCAUAUGCGUAUAUGGAGGUCUGAUGGAGUGAUAAUCACAAUGUUACUCCAUGUGGGUCCUGUGGAAUUCUUAUACUACUGGCUUCACAGAGCAUUGCACCACCAUUAUCUCUACUCUCGCUACCACUCUCACCACCAUUCCUCCAUUGUCACUCAGCCCAUCACCUCGGUGAUACAUCCAUUUGCAGAGAUUAUGGCCUACUUCCUACUGUUUUCAAUACCAAUAUUUGGUGCAGUGUUGAAUGGGACAGCAUCCAUGACCUCAGUUUGUGGUUAUUUGUUAUUCCUUGAUUUCAUGAACUAUAUGGGUCAUUGUAAUUUCGAGUUAUUCCCAAAAUGGCUCUUCUCCAUUUUCCCUCCUAUCAAAUACCUCAUCUACACUCCCUCAUUCCAUUCCUUGCAUCACACGCAAUUUCGGACAAAUUACUGUCUCUUCAUGCCAAUCUACGAUUACAUAUACAAUACCAUGGACAAGUCUACGGAUUCCGUAUACCAAACAUCUCUCCAGAGACCUCAAGACUCCCCAGAUGUGGUUCACUUAACCCAUCUGACCACACCAGCAAACACUUUUAUAUGGUCCUUGUGGCCACUCACCAUAUGGUCCAGGGCCUUGUCUUGGUUCUAUGGCAAUGGCUUUGUGGUCACACACAGGAAUUGCUUCGAGAAAAUUGUCUCGCAAACUUGGCUCAUACCAACACAUACCAUACAGUAUUAUGUUUCAAGGCAAAGAGAAGCGAUAAAUGAGUCAAUUGAGGAAGCCAUCGUAGAAGCGGAGGAAAGAGGGGUUAAGAUUCUAAGUCUAGGUCUUCUCAACCAGGGGAAGGAGCUGAAUAAAUAUGGAGAGAUAUACAUACAAAAAUACCCAAAACUGAAAACAAGAGUGGUAGAUGGGAAUAGCUUAGCUGUUGCUGUUGUUCUCAAUAGCAUUCCAAAAGGAACCACUCAAGUUCUUCUUCUUGGAGCCACCAGCCUCAACAAAGUUGCUUCUGCCCUUGCUCUUGCUCUAUGCCAAAGCAGUAUCCAGGUCUGCAUGACACAUGAAGACAAAUAUAAGAAGCUGAUUAGGCUGCUUCAUGACAACAAAAGAAGCAACAAUUUGGUCCUCACAAGAGCUACUGAUCAAAAGGUUUGGCUGAUUGGGGAUGGAGUAGCAGACAAAGAACAGCUCAAGGCACCUAAAGGAACAUUAUUCAUUCCCUUAUCACAAUUUCCUCCAAAGAGUAUGCGCCAUGAUUGCUUCUAUCAUCACACACCAGCAAUGCUGGCUCCUAAAUCUUUUCAGAACAUCAACUCUUGUGAGAAUUAUUGGCUACCAAGAAGGGCAAUGAGUGCAUGGAGGGUAGCAGGAAUAGUUCAUGCACUGGAAAAUUGGGGUGUACACGAAGUCGGUGACACCAUGUUUAGCUCUCAAAGAGUUUGGCAAGCUAGUCUUCAACAUGGGUUCCGUCCCCUGUCAAUCACUACUACUUCUACUUGA